AUGGCGGCGCAGGGGGAUUCCACUCUCUUCUCUCCUUACAAGCUUGGCAGAUUCCAUCUCUCUCAUAGAGUGGUUCUUGCGCCUAUGACACGGUGCAGGGCUUUGAACGGCGUUCCAAACGCGGCUUUGGCGGAGUACUACGCUCAGCGCACCACUCCCGGCGGCUUUCUCAUCUCCGAAGGCACCAUGGUCUCUCCCGGUUCCGCAGGGUUCCCACACGUGCCUGGAAUCUACACGGAGGAACAAGUAGAGGCAUGGAAGCAAGUUGUGGAAGCAGUUCACGCCAAAGGAGGUUUCAUCUUCUGUCAGUUAUGGCAUGUUGGACGUGCUUCUCAUCCUUUGUACCAACCUAAUGGGGGAUCCCCAAUAUCCUCAACGGACCAACCCAUCUCAGAGAGGUGGCGAAUUCUGCUGCCCGAUGGCUCACACGGGAAAUACCCCAAACCUCGGCCUCUACAAGCGUCCGAGAUACCUCAAGUGGUGGAAGAUUAUCGCAACUCUGCUUUGAAUGCUAUCCGAGCUGGUUUCGAUGGGAUUGAGAUCCACGGUGCUCACGGUUACCUCAUUGAUCAGUUUUUGAAGAAUGGGAUCAAUGACCGUUCUGACCAUUAUGGAGGCUCCAUCGCAAACCGUUGCAGAUUCUUACUUCAGGUAGUGGAAGGUGUGGUUUCAGCAAUCGGAGCUAGUAAAGUUGGUGUGAGGAUAUCUCCGGCAAUAGACCACCUCGAUGCAACUGAUUCUGACCCAUUAACCCUCGGGCUAUCCGUGGUUGAUUUGCUCAAUAAGUUACAGGAUGAGAAUGGCUCGAAGCUGGCUUACCUUCACGUAACGCAGCCUCGCUACCACGCUUACGGGCAAACCGAGUCGGGAAGGCAAGGCAGCGAUGAGGAAGAAGCUAAGCUAAUGAAGAGCUUGCGAAUGGCUUACAAUGGAACAUUUAUGUCUAGUGGAGGUUUCAACAAGGAGCUCGGUAUGCAAGCCGUUCAACAAGGGGAUGCUGAUUUGGUUUCCUUUGGGAGGUUGUUUAUCGCAAACCCGGAUUUGGUUUUGCGGUUUAGGGUUGAUGCUAAGUUGAAUAAAUAUGAUCGGAAGACGUUUUACACUCAAGAUCCAGUUGUUGGCUACACGGAUUAUCCUCUCUUGGCUCCAAUUUCCCGCCUCUAA